CAAAAACUCUUUGAUUCACCAGUUAGACUUGGACAGAAUAGUCUCUACUACUCUGUACUGUCAUCAGUACUUUAUCUGAGAUGAAUAGAAGUUGUUUACACUUGCUUAAGAAAAAGUCACGCCACACCAAAGAUAACCAGAACGCCCUAAGGGAUAGAGGAAGGGUCAGAGUAGCAAUGUGGGGCUGCUCAAAGACCCUAGGCAUGCACAGACAGUGAAACCAAGCCCAUAUGGUAGCCCUACUGUGAGCGCCAGGCAGUGUUCAGUGGCCACCAAGUACGAGCUUCAGUGGUUCAGGAACAGACACAGCUGCAGACCUAGACAGCAUUCCACCUGGGUAGGGCCAUGUCCUCUCCUUUCUUACUUUCCCAGCCCUUACAGGCAAGCCUGGACCUGAGCACCUAGCAGAUCUCAGUAACCAGCCCAUGAUUCACAGAGCCAGUAAAACAACAAACGCAUGAACACACAGUACUUAUGCAUGACCCCUGCUCAUUUCCAUGGUCAUGCAAAUACAGGGUCUCGUGAUCACAAAAUAGCAGCCUUGCUAGCACAUAGUCCCAGGCACUGAGACCCCACACUUGUAUGUAUAAACCCCUGGGGAUUUGGGCAGUGGCCCAGUUAGCAAUUCACAAAGACAGUCACUGACCAGACUAUACAAAGGGUGAUGACACACCUCAACUUCACAAACAGAACCUCCCAGAACCAGGGACAGGUUACCUAUUAGGCAGUCAGGCAGGGCUUAGAGCCUCCAUACUUCUAGGAACCCACAAAAAAUUUUGUUUGACUUGUACACAUAUGUAUGUGUAUGCGUGUGUUAUAAGUAUGCAUAUGUGUGGUGUAAAGGCCAGAAGUAAAGUGUAUUUCUCUAUUGCUCUCCAUUAUUUUUAAUUAACAUUUUACAUUUAUUUGUACUUACAUGUGGGCAUGUGCAUGCCAUGAUGCUUGGUGGCAGUCAGAAAACACCGCUUGUCACAGUGGUGUGGAGAAAGUACUCUAUAAGCAUAUAGUCCUCAGGGACCACACACUUAACCAGUUAGUUCUACCACGUGUGUCCCAGGUGUUGAACUCAGGUCAUCAAGCUUGGCUGCAGGUGCUUUUACUGGCAAGCUAUCUCACCAGGGCUUCUUAUGCUUUAAAAAUGUCUUUUUGAGGGACUAGGGAUAUAGCUUAGUGAUGGAGCAUUUGGUUAGCAAGCAUGAAGCCCUGGGUCCUAUUCCCAGCACUGCAGAGAGAGACAGACACAGAGAGAAACAGAGACAGACAGACAGAUAGAGACACACAGAAAGAGAAACUUGUUUUAAUGAGGCGGGGACCCACAAAGGCAAAAGUGCCCAGAGGCUGAAAUGUCACGGUGCUGUGGAGAAAGGACUCCCUCUAUAAGCAUACAGUCCUCAGUGACCACACUGCAGGACCACACAUUGCUGGACCUGGUUGGCUACUCUGCCUCCAGCCCCAGUAAGGACACAGCCUCCCCAAGUGCUGUCUGAGUGGGAGGGGCUGUUGUUAGACCAGCCCCAGUCCCACCCCGUGCCAACACAAGCCGCCAGCCCAUAAACUGGGUGCGACUGUCUACAAAAGCUCAGAAUUUCCCUGAAGCUGCAACAGCCACAAGCAGCAGCUUCUUGAAGUUGCUGCAACUACGGCCAGAACUGAGCCAAACCAUGCCUGUGCUUAUACAGCAUGGUCAGGAAGUUUGGAGAAUGAAACCCUUCAGUCCUGAGGUCUCCCCAGACCCACCCCGUGCCACUGCAGCCCACCUGCUUUACGUCUGUACCCUCUUCCUGACCUUGCUCAACUUGGCCCAAGGCUCCAGAGCUUCCAUGGUACCCAACAAGCCGUUCAUCACUAUUUGGAAUGCAGACACUUACUGGUGCCUGGAGAGUUGUGGAGUGGAUGUGGAUGUCAGUGUGUUUGACGUGAUUGCCAACAAGGAGCAGAGCUUUCAAGGCCUUAACAUGACAAUUUUCUACAGCUGGCAGUUGGGUACCUACCCCUACUAUACAUCCACCGGGGAAGCCGUAUAUGGUGGCCUGCCCCAGAAUGCCAGCCUGGUUACCCACCUCGCUCACGCAUUCCAGGACAUCAAGGCUGUCAUGCCUGAACCUGACUUCUCAGGACUGGCGGUCAUUGACUGGGAGGCAUGGCGCCCACGAUGGGCCUUCAACUGGGACAGCAAGGACAUUUAUCGGCAGCGCUCAAUGGCACUUGUCCAGGCAGAACACCCUGACUGGCCGGAAACUUUAGUGGAGUCAGUAGCUCAGGACCAGUUCCAGGAAGCUGCACAGGCCUGGAUGGCGGGCACCCUCCAGCUGGGGCAGGUACUGCGUCCUCGUGGCCUCUGGGGCUACUAUGGCUUCCCUGACUGCUACAACUAUGACUUCCUAAGCUCCAAUUACACAGGCCAGUGCUCACUAAACAUCCGUGACCAGAAUGAUCAGCUAGAGUGGUUAUGGAACCAGAGCUAUGCCCUCUAUCCCAGUAUCUACUUGCCUCCAGCACUGAUGGGCACAGGGAAGGCACGGUUGUAUGUUCGACACCGUGUACAAGAGGCGUUCCGUGUAGCUAGCGCUUCCAGAGACCCCAGUGUGCCCAUACUGCCCUACGUGCAGAUCUUCUAUGAAAUGACAGACCAUCUUCUGUCCCUGGAGGAGCUGGAACAAAGCAUUGGGGAGAGCGCAGCUCAGGGAGCAGCAGGUGUGGUGGUCUGGGUGAGCUCAAAAAAUACAUCUACCAAGGAAUCAUGCCAGGUCAUUAAAGAGUAUAUGGAUUCCACACUUGGCCCUUUCAUCAUGAACGUGACCAGUGCAGCUCUUCUCUGCAGUGAAGCUCUGUGUUCCGGCCAUGGUCGCUGUGCCCGCCGUCCCAGUUAUCCCGAGGCUCUGCUCACCCUCAAUCCAGCCAGUUUUUCCAUUCAGCUAACAAGUGAUGGCAGGCCCCCAAGCCUCAAUGGUACCCUCACACUUAACGAUCGGACAGAGAUGGCUAUGAAAUUCAAGUGUCGCUGCUACCGUGGAUGGCGCGGAAAGUGGUGUGAGAAGCAGGGUGGUGACAUUCCGGGCACGGAGGACUUAGGAGGAGGUACGCCGUCUCCGGGGAAGACUGCUGUGAGUCCUCCGUACGGCUGGGACCAGCGUAGGCAAACCGAGGAAUCGGAGCCAGAGACCACGAGAUACCGAAUCGUGCGCAGGCUGGACGCGGACCAUCCCGGAACUCGGCUUUAA